AUGCCAAAUUGCAUAGGAGCUGUGGACGGGAAACAUGUUCAAAUUCAAGCCCCGCCAAAUUCUGGUUCUAUUUGUUUUAAUUACAAAAAAACAUUUAGUACAGUUCUAAUGGCAGCUUGCGAUCAUGAGUACAAAUUUACUAUUGUUGAUAUUGGAGCUUAUGGAAGUGAAAGUGAUGGUGGCAUUUUUGAAAGAUCAUCUUUAGGAAAAGCAAUAGACAAUGAUGACUUAAAUCUACCCGCAAUUUUUGCAAAUCUUCCAGGUUCUAACCAAACAACGCCUUAUUUCUUUGUUGGCGACGCAGCUUUUAAGAUGUCACGUCACAUGAUGCGCCCUUAUCCAAGCAGAAAUCUGAUUGUAGACAAAAAAGUAUUUAAUUACAGACUUUCUCGGGCUAGACGAGUAAUCGAAAACGCAUUUGGAAUUUUGGUUGGUAUUUACAAAACCUAUCAAGAUAAAACUUGA